AUGUCAGCAAUAGGUGGCGCUGCUCUGGGCAUAUAUAAUGCGCCUCUGGCCGCGACGCGGAACUUUCCCAUCACCUUUAACAGCACUGGAGAUAUCGUAUACCCCCAAUGGGCAUAUCCUGAUCGCGGCUGGAUCAUCGAUACUUGGUUGUCUGCGUUAUUGUCCGCCGCCAUACCAAUCGCUGCCAUUCUCCUCGCCCAAUUCCGUGUGAGGAACAUCUGGGACGUGAAUAAUGGCAUCAUCGGCCUAAUAUUCUCUAUCUCACUUGCAACGUUGAUUCAAGUCAUUGUUAAACAGCUAAUCGGCGGAUUCCGACCCUACUUUCUAGCAGUCUGCAUGCCUGACGUUACGCUCGCAGCUAGCAACAACUCAACAGGACUCAAUGCCGUUGGCUUCCAGCAAAUCAUGUACUCAGUCGAUGUUUGCACGCAACCAGACCGCAACAAACUUAAGAAUGCGAUGACGUCCUUCCCUUCAGGCCACUCUACGGCUGCGUUUGCAGGAUACGUCUACCUCUUUUUAUACCUGAACGCUAAACUCAAGGUCUGGGCAGACUAUCGCCCGGCUCUUUGGAAGAUUGCGUUGACUUUUGCACCUCUUCUCGGUGCCUUACUUAUCGCAUGCUCUCUCACCAUAGACCAGGCGCAUAACUGGUAUGAUAUCGUCGCUGGAAGCACCAUCGGAACUGCUGUGGCGUUCGGCUCAUAUCGCGGAUGCUACGCUGCCAUUUGGGACUGGAGGUUUAACCACAUUCCUCUACAAAGGCGCGAUCAGUUUGUCUACUCCCCGGAAGACGGCACCGAGUACCGAAAUGAUGUAUUCACGAGAUCUGGUGGUUGGGGAGCAACACGGGAAGAAGCGGCAGAGAAGAGCCCGCCCAAUAGGAGAAGCAGUGCCUACUACGCUGAUCAGCAGACUACAUAUCACGGAGCUUCGGACAGGGAUGCUCUGCCAUCACAAUUGCCGCGAACACGCUAUAAACAGCGGAGGAACCAGCCUCGGGGGGACGAAGCCGUUUGA